AUGGCUGCGAAAAUUGCCAAUAUGCCGGAAGCGCCAACAGCAGCUAACAUCGAUGUUGUCAGCCUGCAAAUUUCUCUUCCUCAAAUGCUCGAUCUUGCUCUCGGAGCCCCGGAAGUUGGCGCAGUUAAUUUUAAUAUUCUUCAUAAUUUCCUCCAUAUCUUGUUGCAUCAAAUAAAUUUACAGUCUACUAAAGUUGAGUACCGUGGCGAAAACGCGGAUCGCAUUAAAGUAAGGAAAAUAAUGCGUCGAGUAAAAUUGAAAAAGAACAGAAAAGCGAUAAUUCUUUCUCUUAUAUGGCAUUCAUGUGAGAGCUAUUACAGGGAAUGUACCGAUGCUGCCGGCGAAGUAUCACAACGAAUUCGAAGGGAUGACGGGGCAGACGCCGAUGUACUUACAGAAGAUGAAAGUUUGCAAGUGACAAAUGACACAAGACAACAAAUAGGUCUUGAGAAAGUCCCCGAAGCUCAGAUGGUAGUUUCUGCCGUGAAUGGUACUGUUCCUGCGGCAAUGACGUUCAAAGAGCUGGAAAAAUCUGUGAAACAGCUGCAACAACAAUAUCAAGCUCUGGAGGACUUGUCUACGUCCCCAGAGGUAGUCGAACGUUUAAAAGAUCGAAUCACAGAUCCAGCCGCGGAUGUAUGGCAAUUUAUUAAUAUUAAUAAGAGAUUGGAUACCAACGAACAAGUUAUCAAAUUAUUGCUACAGCUUACGACAAUAAUUCAAGAUGUAGUCAAAGGCGAUACUGGCAUAAUAGAUACGUCUUUGAUUAACGCAAGAUUGGACGAACUCGAAGAUAAAGUCUCCAAGAUGGAGCAAUGGCUAAUCAAUUUGCAAACAGUUACCGACAUUUUAACUGAAGAUAUAAUUCGCAUGGUUACAAUGGAGACGAAUGUUGGAUAUUUGUUUGAAAAAGUGGACGAUAUGCAAGCAACCGAGAAGACAAGUGACGUCAAUAUUAACAAACUUGUUGCAAAGGUGCAAGGAAUUGAAACGGAUAUGGAGAAAAUUGGACAAGCAAUGAACAGACUGCUCGAUGACAGGGAAAAACAAGAAACGGACAUCAGCACAUUACUGGAACAAAUAGAAUUUCUAAAAACUGUCAAAGCAAAUAAAGAGGAUCUCGAAGAUGCUUUGGCUGACAAAGCGGAUACUCAUAUUGUGAACAGAAAGGUAUCACACGAUAAAUUUGAUGCUGCCUGCGACGAUCUCGCUCGUGGUCUCGAGGAAGCCAUCGACAAAUUGAGCAAGCAAGAAUCGAUCUGGCAACAAGCGCUCGAUGAGGUGCAGAAUGAAAUCGCGGCCAAGAUGGAUAAAGACGAGAUGAUGCCGUUGAAGGAUUUUGUGAACAGUAAGUUAAAAUCGCUUCAAGAGAAGUUGAAGAUUAUGAUUGAAGCAAGGCGGGAGAUCGAGGCUGCAGGAACGAAGAAGCUGCUUAGAGAUGUUCAGUGUAUAUCGUGUGACAAGGAUGUUGUAAUGAGGACAGAGGAGAUCGGUAGAUUUUACCCUGAACCAUUACCAUGCACCACCAGCGUGAAGCCCUAUCUAACGUACGAGUUGGACAAAGUCAGAAAACAGCAGAGAAAAUUGCCUUACAGUAGAAAUAUGAUCCAAUUUGAAGCGGCAAUGCAAGAGCAGGCCAAAAAGAUGAAAGUAAAGGAAGAGAUGCUCGCGAGGACUCCUAGAGAUCAUCUCUGCAAUCGGUAUUGUGGCGGGAGUCACACGAUCACUACUCCUCAGCAAAGGGUCAUGCGAACGGGGCAUUUCCUUACUCAAUGGGGACCCGAAGCGAUACAAUUAACGGACGGUUUGAUGAGGGGGAAAGACGGUCAAAUGUAUCGCAGUCGGCCCAUGCCGGGUAAAGAUGUCUGCGAGCCACAUUGCUGGGAAAGUCAGAUUAGCGAGGAAACUGCACCCUCGGUGAAUAUCAAGAUGAUCUAG